AUGUAUAGCCUAUUUAAUAUAAUAUUUGGUUUAUUUUUUAUACAUUUGUGUGUAUAUAAAAAUAAUAUUGUAAUAAAUGAAAUUAUAAAUGAGAGCAACAAUAAUUUAAGGAGUAGUAUAACAAAUAAUGGAAAUAAGAAUAUUCAAUAUGAUUUACAAAAUAUUAAUAUAAAUUAUAAAGAUAGUAAUGAUGAAAAAAAUGAAAACAUAACAGAGAAAGAAAUCGAUGUAGAUUCUGUUGAAGAGAAUGAUGUAGAAAAGACACCAUUUGUACAGAAUUUAAAUGAAGAUUCAGAAAUUCCUUUAGAAGGUGACGAUAUUCAAGCAACUUAUGUAUUUGGUCCAGAAUCAAGAAAGGAUCAUUUUCUUCAUGGAAGUAACAAAUUAAUUCCACCAACAACAAGAUUAAGUGGAGAAGAAGGUGAUUUAUUUAGUACUAUAAUUCAACAUAAAAGAUUUCCACCUAUAAAAAAAGGACCUACAAUAUUACCACAAAUAUCUGGUCGCAGUGAUUUUAAAGGAUAUGCUGGUGAAAGUGGAGAAAAUAGAUAUAUUGGUACAUCUGGACCAAAUAGUCAAACAACAGGAAAAGAAAAGGUUACAUCAGGUACAACGACAAGGGCUCAAUCAAAGCCAAAACUUGAUUCUGAAAAAAAUAGUCCUAAAACAUCUCCGUAUGAUAAUAUGCUUGGCUGGGAAUUUGGAGGUGGUGCUCCUAAAAAUGGAGCUGCAGAAGAUAAAAAGACAAAACACUUACUAGAACAAAUAAAAAUUCCAUCAUGGGAUAGAGAUAAUAUACCCGAUGAGAAUGAACAAGUAAAAGAGGACCCACAAGUAGGAAACAUAUAUGAAGAGGAAGAAACAGAAGAUUUGGAAACAGAAGAUGAUGAAAAUGAAGAAAUAGAAGAAAAUGAAAAAGAUGAAGUAGAUGAAGAAGAUGGAGAAGAAAUGGAAGAAAAAACGAAAGAAGAAAAACAAGACAAUAAAAUUAUAGAUGAAAGUAAAGAGGAACAAAAUAAUAAUUCAUCAAGUGAUAUAAAUGCCCAAAAUUUAAUUUCUAAUGAGCAUAAAAAGAAUAAUGAAGCAAAAAAGACUUCUGAAAAUAUAGUUAAAACAUUGAUUGAAUUAUUCAAUGAAAAAAAUGAGAUAGAUUCUACUAUAAAUAAUUUAGUACAAGAAAUGGUCGAACUAUUUAGUAAUAAUUAA